AUGGAUACUAACACCGCUUUCGCGGACGAGGAUGCGCGCGCGCCGGGUGAAGCAUCGGACGAGAUGAUCCAGGCAGAAAACGAGGCGACCGAAGCAAAGCAGGAGGCGCAUCAGGACACGUCCAUGGUUGAGGGCGCGGACGAUGCGACCGUCAAGCAGCAACCGAUCGAUACUGGCGCCGCGCCGGUAUCAGACAACCCACUCGACGCCCCAGAAGCGCCUGUACCAGAAAAUGCAGAGGAGGGCGGAGAGGACGAGGAAAUGGGUGACACCAAGGAUGGAACUCCAGCUGCCGACCCAGCGCCCGCAGUCACCAAGACUGCUGCUGAGCAGUCUGCCCGCUCGCACUUGAUUGACCAAAACCACGCAAUCAUCUUGCCCUCAUACUCAGCUUGGUUCGACAUGCACCAGAUCCAUAACUUGGAGAGGAAAGCGUUGCCCGAGUUCUUCAACAACCGAAACAGGAGCAAGACGCCAGCAGUGUACAAGGACUAUAGGGACUUCAUGGUGAACACAUAUAGAUUGAACCCGGCCGAGUACCUCACAGUCACAGCGUGCAGGAGAAACCUGGCUGGUGAUGUCUGUGCAAUCAUGAGAGUGCAUGCGUUCCUCGAGCAAUGGGGCCUCAUCAACUACCAGGUAAGGUGUUUGCGCGUUCGUGACUGGAUCACUAGCUAACACUUUUCGUAGAUUGAUCCAGACACCAGACCGUCUAAUAUCGGGCCCCCGUUCACGGGUCAUUUCCGUAUUACGGCGGAUACUCCCCGUGGCCUCCAGCCACAUCAACCUGCAGCUGGCAGCAGCGUCACAGCUGGGAAGGCUCACGCCGGAACUGAAAGAUUGGCUUCAGCGGGUAAAGCCGAUCUGAACUUGGAAGUGCGAAGGAAUAUCUACGACGACAAGGGCAAGGAAGUGACUCCCUCGAAAAUCGAGGGCGAAGAGUCAAAUGGAGAUGCCGCGAAGACUUUGGAGGAGAGCCUGAAGCAGGACAGCAAGCAGUACUUCUGCUAUUCUUGCGGGAAAGACUGCACCCGCGUGCGAUAUCACAAUUCGAAGAACCCGCCUACGAGCGCUGCAACACCAAAACCGAACAAGGAGCAAAGAUAUGACCUUUGUAGCUUGUGUUUCCAGGAAGGCCGAUUCCCCAGCUCCACCACUACUGCUGACUACGUCAAACUCGAGAACGACUCGUACAAGAGCCUCGGCGAUAAGGAGAACCCUUGGAGCGAUUCUGAGCUGCUACUUCUUCUGGAAGGUCUGGAAAUGUUCGAUGACAAUUGGGAACAAGUUGCCGAUCAUGUCGGCUCGAGGACCCGAGAGGAGUGUGUGAUGAAGUUUUUGCAGUUGGAGAUUGAGGACAAGUACCUCGACGAAGUUCCAGCCGCAGUUGGAAGCACAGGAGCUGCACCAGACCUUGCCUUUCUCUCUGCCGGACGACUUCCAUUCAGCCAAUUCGAUAAUCCCGUGAUGUCAGUCAUGGGCUUCCUGGCUGGCCUUGCAGACCCGGCGACCACCGCGAAGGCUGCUGGAAAGAGUGUGGAGGAGAUGCGGAGGACACUCAAGCAGCGCAUUGAGAAGGAGACCGAGCCAGGCGCUGAGAAAGACAAUGAGAAAGAUAAGGACACAUCUGCGCAGCCGGAGCCAGUCAAGGACGAGGAACAAGGCGAGAGCAUGGACGUCGACGACACCACUUCGCUUGCCACACGAGAGCCACCAGCAGCAAACGAUCUCCCGACAACCGCGCUGUCACUGACCGCAGCCCGUGCGGCUGCGCUUGCCUCGCACACUGAGCGUCAAUUGACAAACCAAGUCUCGGCUGCCGUCAACUUGCAACUCCAGAAGCUCGAAUUGAAAUUGCAGCAGUUCAGCGAGAUGGAAGCUCUCCUGCAGGCAGAGCGUCGCGAAGUCGAGCGCAUGCGCCAGCGGCUCUUCUUGGAUCGACUUCAAUUCCGUCGGCGAGUGCGCGAGACCGAGGCAAAACUGGCAGGCAUGAAAAUUUCGGUGCCCUCUGGCGAGAAGCUUUCGAUGAGCGUGGGUGAUGGUGCAGUCGGCGAAAGCGUCGAGCCUUUCCAAGAAGGCAUGGAGGGGUUCGUGAGGCACGAGAUAUAG